AUGGCAACAUCAAACAAUUCAUUCCGUCGUCCAGCAUCUGCAUCGACUGUUGCAACAAACUGGUCUCAAAAUACAUCAGUAUCCGUUGGACAUAAUGUUUCUAAUAGGCAUAUACCUAUCAUCAAAGGUGAUGUCAAUUUUGUCAAUGCAAGUAGUACUGCAGAGCCUGAUUCUGACGAUGCUGUUCCAUCACAUUAUAUAAAAGAAGUAUUGGCUCAUCUGUCUCAAUCACCAAUCGAUUCAAUCGAUAAUGAAGAUGCACUUGAAGUCAUCUAUGAUCUAUUCUAUAUGCAUUCACCCUUGAAUCAAGAUGAUUCCCGCAUAGCACGUUUACUCAUCGAAAGUGAUUAUUGUCGUAAAGUUCAUCAAUUUCUGAUUGAAUUUAUGAAAAAUGGAAUCUACAGUAAUCCAUCAAUACGUCGUUCAACACAAUUUAUUCUCUAUACACUAUGGAAUUUUAGUGGUACAUGCAUAGAAUUUCGAGUUCAUUUAUCAACUCUUCAAUAUUUUGUUCAAUUUUUAUUAAUAAAUUUUUUAGAAUAUUUAAAAAAUUUAAAAUCCGAACCACUUUAUACAUCGCUGACAGAGAAUUUAAUUCAAGCAAUCAUAAGUAUUAUGCAUAAUUUAACAAUCAAUGUCAAUCAUUUGAAUGAAGAACAAACAUUUCAUAUUAUUGAACAACUUCUCGUUGAACAAAAACCAAAUAAAACGAAUGAACGUUAUCGUAUAACGCUGCUUCUUUGUUUAAUUAAUCUUAAUGCUCAACAAGUUUAUGAAAAUUACAACACGUAUCAAACAACGUUUAAAACGCUUUUUCAUUUUCUAAAAAAAAUUGUUCAACAUGAAAUUCUUAUGAUACGAACAGGUUUAUCAGCAUGGGUUUUAGCAUCUGCUAUUAAUAAGAUGCCAAUCGAUGUUGUACUUAUGGACGGUAAUCGUCUUUAUUCAUUCAUGAUUUUAUUUAAACGUGGAAUGCGAGAAGAAAAAUUACAAGCUUGCAUAACAUUAAAUCGUUUUUAA